CUGAACUUAGCCAAGUCAUUUUAAGAAAAUCCAGCUGACCCCUUAAACCUAUUUCCCAUUCCUUUCUUGUUUUUCUCAUUUCCUUCCUUCCACCAUAUGGACAGCACCAACAAAUAAAUCAUUCAAAAUUUCCUCUAAAACCAUAAUAGCACCAAGAAAUGAAAGGCAUAGCCACCAUGUUUAAUAACGAGUGCUUCCAGAGUGGAAACAAAGAGCAUGAACCCCGUGGCACGUUCACGAAGGGGUUCAUGCUCUUUGGUGUUAGAGUCAUGGAAGGUGCUGCUACUGGUGGUUCAUUCAGGAAAAGUGCAAGCAUGAACAACCUAGCUCUAUUUGACACCGAGCAGCAGCACCAAGACUCUAACGCCGGUUAUGCUUCUGAUGACGUUGUUCAUCCUUCUGCUAGGAGUCGUGAACGUAAACGAGGAGUGCCAUGGACAGAGGAUGAGCACAAGCUAUUCUUGUUAGGAUUGCAGAAAGUAGGGAAAGGUGAUUGGAGAGGUAUUUCAAGAAACUUUGUCAUGACAAGAACUCCAACUCAGGUGGCUAGCCAUGCCCAAAAAUACUUCCUCCGGCGAAACAACAGUAAUCGUAGACGCCGGAGGUCUAGUCUUUUUGACAUCACCACUGAUACUGUUCAGGGUGCUGCUAAAUUGGAAGAUAAUAAACAAACCAGCACCUUUGAAAAGUACCCCAUGUCAGCUUUCCGGCUCGAGAUGCCGGUAAAUUUAUCAGCCACAGGAGAAAGUUCAACGGAGAAUUUAUCGAAAGGAAUGAACAAAUCUGUGAGGCCUGUUAGGCCAAUACCAAUCCUGCCUGCCCCGCCCUCAUCAAAAAUGGAAAAUCUCAAUUUAAACAACACAUAUAUCCAAGAAUCAUCUCCUUUAUCACUCAAGCUGUCCACAUCAGAUGGAAAAUCGCCUUCACCACCGAGACAUUCAUCGGCUUUUCAGGCAAUGUCAGGUGGCUUCAAUGGCAGCACUAGUGGGGAUAGCAUAAUCAGUGUUGCUUGAAGAAUAAGGAUUAACUGGAUUGGAUUCUUAUUCUUAUUCUUAAUUUAAGAUAUAAAGUGGGGUUUAGUUAGAUAAGAUAUUAAGAUUAGACAUUAGUGGGAUUAGAGUGUGGAGAAAAUAUUAAUUAGGUGAUUGAUGAUGAUGAUUCCUUUUGUUUUGUGUAUAGAUAUGGCGUCGUUUUCAAUAAUUUUGAAGAUUUGUUGUUUAGUUUAUGUCUGGUCAUUUUUGUGGUCAUAGGUGAUUACAGCACCAACCAAGUUGCUACUAUCACUAUCAAUGUGACUCACGCUGGGUCUUCUGUUGUUGUUAUUGUAAUAAAGGAAAAAGUAAUUGAAAUAGACUUGUUUGUUUUCGGAAAUCAAA